AAUGUGGUUCAGUGCGCAUGGUGUACAACCAAUGUGGUAUACGUCGGCCAAUUAAAAUUAGCCAUGUCAAAAUUAUUUCUCACAUUAUCUUUGCUAAUUAAAUAUGGCCUAAAACUCUUCGACGCAGUUAUCUUAUUUUGCUUUCUUAAUUUCUUUAUUGCUUUCUCAUGUGUUCUGCAGAGGUUUUUGGACUGAGAGGAGUUAGUGUUGUUCCAGCAUCGAGGCACCACCUGGCCACUCAGGCCAUUAGUUUCUAAUGAACUAUAAAUUCCACCGACACAGGGCCCAAAAAUACCCGGAUAUCAAAAACAAAAGGGGAAUUUGGCCCUUUACCCUCACGGGCAGGGCUUUAACUGAAUAUACCCCCUCUUCUUUUAUUUUUUUUAUUUUACCCUUCUAUUUUUCAAUAAUCCUAAAAUACCCUUAUAUCAAAAUUAAAUAUUUUUUUCAUUUUUUUUUUCACCGGCCUUUCUCUUCUCCUUCAUCACCUUUCUCCCAAAGCUAGCUCACCUCUUCUCAUUCAUGAAGAUUUCUUCACUUAGUUACCUUUUUGCUAAACAAUCUGAUUUUAUCUCUCAGGUCACUAAAAUUCCAUACAUACCUGUUCAAUUUGAUAGUUCGGAAUUCUAAAUUAGGGUAUUGUGAAGAAAGAGAAUUUUAAAAGAAUUAGGGUAUUGCGUUGCCACCUCGUUACAAAAAAUUCCUUUUUCUUCCACGCAAUCCAAUACCCAAUAGCCCAAACCCCUCUCCAUCGUCUUUUCGUUUCCUCUGCCUUUUGUUUUUUUAAGAAAAAAAAACAUUACAUUACUCAAAAAUUUAAUUUAAUAUCCUUUUUCAACCUUCUCGUUGUUAUUUCUUUUUGUUCCUUUGGUGUUUCUUCAACCCUUGUUUUAUGUUUCCGCGAACCAGAGAAUCAGCCAAACUGUUUUUCUAGAUUGUUAAGGCUUCAGAAGAAGCUGCGUACAUCAGAGACCUCUCAGAUGAUUUGCUGCAGCCAACUACAAAACGGUCUCACAAUGUCUCAACCAAGGAAGUCAUAUUCUGGAAAAUUUUUAAGUGCCAACAAUUGAAGUGUUCCCUGCAGCUGCUCUAACACCUGCACUAGCAGCACCAGAGAUGACAAUGAACUGAGGGAGGAAUCAGAAGCCCUUUGUUGGAGAACCCGAAUAUAUCCCCCUAGAAAGGCUUGCCAGACAAGGCAUCAACAACAAGAUUUGCAUUUGGUUGGGUGGGAUCUUCCCUGUGGUACUGUCAAAUAGCUGGUGAAAAUCUGAGAGUUUUGAUAUGUUUGCCUGCAUUUGGGAAGCUUCACAAAAAAGUAUUGCAGAUGCCUUCUGUGGGUUUAGGUUAUCAAAUGUUGAACUAAGCGAGCUUGUCUUGUCCUGUGCUCCCUUUUUGCUUUGUAUAAACAUUCUUUUUGGAAAAAGGAAUAUAUAUAUAUAUAUAUAUAUAUUUAGGAAUCAAUUUCUAAAAUGAUUAAUAGGAAGAGUAACUCUUGGAAUCCGUCAUUUCUAUUACAGUAGGUAUGACUCAAAAUUUGAUAUGCAGCAAUAUUUAGUGGUGAUUAUACUGAAUGUAUCAAUUUUUUAGGACAAUGACCAAGAUUUUUUCUUGUAGUCUUGAUAUUACAAAUAAUAAAAUUCAAACCAUGCCAUGGGCAGCGAUUCUUGAAAAGGUUGUCCAGCUACAAAGUUUGCAACAGCUUUGUGUGGUUAAGGAUCUUUCUGCUCAUGAUGUGGUGAUGCAAUUGAUGCAGAAGGAAAACUACUUGAUCAGAAUGCUUAACAAGGGAGUACUUGCAUUUCCAAUCUCAAAAUGGGUCCCUGGUGCUGGUCCAACUGUCAAAUCUGGUUCAAAGGGAAAGUGUCGUCGUUUGAUACUGACUAAAACCCUUGAGUGGACCUUAAAUUGGUGCAUACUACAGAGCAUGUUUGAUAGUGGAGUUGGAAGGUUUGAAAAAAGCACACAUUCAAGAUGGCAUUGCAGUGGUGCAAUAUCUUGUUUGGUUGGAUAAGCAGGAGAUAUAUGGGGUUUCUGGUUACUUCUUGGAGGGAGACGAAGUGACUAAGAAAAAGCAAUUUCCUUAAGGGUCAUAUUGCACUUGGGAAUGCUCAAUUUCCUAAUGGAACCAAUGUUUGUGUGAUAGGAAGGUACAUGUCAAUUUUCCUAUAGGUAAUGCCUUAAACAUUCUUGCUUGAGUUCCACUAUAGAAAAAUGGUCUUGAUUAUCGGCAUGGUACAGGCCACGGAAUUGGGUCUUACCUUAAUGUUCAUGAAGGUAUCAAAUGAGUCUCCGUUAUAGUGGAGGUGCCCCGUAUGCUUUUAGUGCUAUCACUAAAGUUUGGCAUUAUACCAAUUGUGGUGCGAGUUGGUGUUCAAGAUUGUGACAUUGAUGGGUUACGAGACAUUUGUUGGACCCAACAUUCGGGACUUUCAGCUGGUGAUAGUCGACAUGGUGAGUCUCCUUAUGGUAGUAGUCCAAUUGAUAAUGUGAAUGAUGAUGUGCUUGCCUCUCCUUGUACCGAAAACCAUUUGGACAUUCGACAGGAUUCUACCGCAACCAUGGCUGAACUUAGGGUUAACCAUCGCUUCUCAUCCGUCAAUGCCCAUGAAAUCAUUCGAAUCAACCAAAUCUUUGCGAGUAAGAAUGCGCUACAGAAGAAGAUUAGUCUUUAUGCACUAAGGAGAAAUUUUGAAUUCAAGGUCAAGAAGUCGGAUAGAGUCCGAUAUGAGGUUGUAUGUGCAAACGACAAUUGCGUAUGGCGAAUGCGUGCUACCAAACUACAUGGUGAUAAUACAGAGGCCUUCAUGAUUAGGGCCUUCAAGGAUGAGCAUAUUUGCUCUUUAAAUAUCAUGAAAAGGGAUCAUCGUCAAGCAACAAGUUCAGUUAUCGGAGACAUCAUCCAGCCAAUGUUUGAUGGGAUUUCAAGGCAAUACAAACCUCGAGAUAUCGUGCAUGACAUUCGCUCUAAUUACGGAGUAAACAUAAGCUGCAACAAAGUAUGGGCCGCUAAGGAAGUUGCACUAUCAGGUUUGUGGGGCACGUCAGAAGAUUCAUAUGCAAAACUUCCUUUAUGGAGUCACGUUUUGAAGAGCAAAAAUCCGAGCACAUUUACUCGAAUUAAAACUGAUGAUCAAAACAGAUUUUUAUAUUUUUUCAUGGCAUUUGGAGCUAGCAUUAGAGGGUUCCAGCAUAUGCGGAGAGUCGUAGCUGUUGAUGGAACUACACUGAAGAAUAGAUAUAGAGGUUUGUUAUAUAUUGCAUCAUGUUUGGAUGGGAACAAUCAAAUUUAUCCACUUGCUUAUGGAAUAGGCCCUGGGGAGACGGAUGCGGCUUACACGUGGUUUUUUGAGAGCUUUAAAGAAGCGUUUGGGGAUGAUCCAAAUAUAGCUUUUAUAUCGGAUAGACACAAGAGCAUUGCAAAAGCAAUACGUACAGUUUUCCCUAAUAAUCACCAUGGCCACUGCACAUAUCAUCUUGGUACAAAUUUAUGUGCUAAGAAGUUUAAAGAUAAUGUCAACGCGAUUAUAUCAACUUUUAAUGAUGCAGCUAGAGUAUAUAUUGUUGAGAAUUUUGAUAAGGCCAUGCAGCUUUUAGAAGGGGUUAGUAUUGAAGCUGUACAAUAUCUCAAGGAUGCAAGUCCUUCAAAAUGGGCUAGAUCACAUUUUCCGGGCAAUAAAUACAACAUAAUGACAACUAACAUUGCAGAGAGCAUGAACUCUGUGCUUAUUGAUGCUAGGGAUAAAUCUGUUUUGCCAUUAUUAGAUCACAUUCGUGAUGUCUUGCAAAGGUGGUGGUAUGAACGUCGAACUAACGUUGCUGCAAUGCAAACUCCUGUUACUAAUUGGUUGGAAAAAAUCAUGCAGGACAGCUCAAAUAAUGGCAGAGGCUUACGUGUUAUGCCAAUGAACUUAUAUGAGUUUCAAGUUGUUGGCCAUGGCAUGUUCAUUGGAGUUGUUAACUUAGAAAAUAAGACGUGCUCAUGCAAAGAAUUUGACAUUGAUGGAUUUCCUUGUGUCCAUGCAAUUGCAGCAUGUAAGCAUCAACAUAUCUCUCCAUAUUUUCUUUGCUCGGCGCAUUACUCAGUUGACUCACUCCGUGAUGCAUAUUCGGAAACCAUAUAUCCACUUGGAGAUAAAGUCAAUGGCAUGCUCCAGAUGAUGUCAUAAACCAGGUUGUACUUCCACCUCAAAUUGGCAAACAGUCAGGAAGACUGAGAAAGAAGAGGAUUCAAUCUCAAGGAGAGGAGCGUCAUCAAUAUAGAUGCGGGAGGUGCAAACAGGUUGGUCACAACAGCCGAUCAAGCUCCGCCGCCGUACCUCUUGAUAGCACUAACAACCAAUAGCACCACUGAAACAAACGCCCAUCAAUCGCAUGAUGCUAUAUUCAGACAAUGAGGCCAUGUUAUGUGGUAUGCGUGUGUAUGAAAUGUAGUCAGGAAUGCAAUUAGUUGGUCAACCGCAUAACGUGUGUUUUGGCAUAAUAGACGUUGGCUUUAUGUGUUCUUUUAUUGUCAAAUUUAUCUGUCGUAUUGUUUUGAUAACAUAUCAUUCCGUCUUCAGUUUUUGGUUCAGUUGUUUGUAUGUUUCUUACUAUUGCCUGGAUGAUAUUACUGCCCAAUGGUAAUGACCAAUGCAUCAUCGGUAAUUGACAUUUGUA